CUCCAAUUAUGAAGGGAUUUAAAUCCCCCAUGUUCUCAGAUAAUAACCCAACAGCCAGUAGAAAAACAGUUUUUUCCCAAAAAAUAUUGGUAAUGCUGAACAUUCUGCUUCAGGGGAAUGUUUGGUCAGACUGCAGGGUGGGACUGGGAAUGCUCUGCAGGGCCCACCUGCCUGGCUCCACCAUCUCCCAGUCCUCACCUCCCUGCUGUUAUUUCCUGCUCCUUUAUCUCCCUGCUAUUAAUUUCCGUUUUCUUCGUCUCCCUUAUCCAUCAUCUCCUUGUUCAUUGCCUCCCCGCUCAUCAGCUCCCUGUCCUACAUCUCCCUGUCCUCCACGUCCCUGCAUCUCAUCUCCUGGUCCAUCCUCUCCCUCCUCAUCAUCUCCUGGCCCAUCCUCUCCCUGCUCAUCACUUUCUGUCCCCUCCUGCCCAUCCCUUGGUGGGACGGCAGCACCGAGAUCCCGAGGGAUCCGUCGGAGCCCCCCGGGAGCCUUUUCCCCGCCGCUGCCGGGGGCGGUGGUGGCGGGGCGGGACCGGGGGCGGCCCCGGGCACGGUCCCCCAGGAGCGGCGGCGGGAGCGGCGGAGCGGAGAUGCCGUACCUGCUCAUUAGCACCCAAAUCCGCCUGGAGGCUGGGCCCACCAUGGUGGGCGAUGAGCACUCGGAUCCCCACCUGAUGAGUAUCCUGGGGGCCACAAAGAGGACCACGCUGGGGAACAACUUCUGUGAGUACUACGUGAACGACGCUCCACGCAUGGUCCUGGACAAGCUGGAGAGCCUCGGCUACCGCGUGGUCAGCAUGACUGGCGUGGGCCAGACCCUGGUCUGGUGCCUCCACAGGGAAUAGCCAGGGAGAAUCCUGCCUUCCACCCAGACAACAUCCUGCUGGAGAUCAUCUUAUAGGACUGGCAGCAAAUUUUCCCCCCUUAAUUCCUUCCUGUCCCAGGCUCCAGGCACUCGGGCAGGGGGAGAAACGGCGCAGAGGCAGAGCUGGACCCAGUAGAAUUCUGCCAUCCCUGUUGUGUUUCCAAGAGCAGGGGGAGGAAGAUAUGCCCAGAAUCAGGCAGAGGGAACAGAUGGCUCCAGCUCUGCCUGGGAUGGCAGUCUGGCAAAUUCCAGUUUUUUACAUUUUAAUCAUGUGUUCAGCAUGCCCUGGAGGAAGCUCAGUAACAGCCCUGUUUGCCUCUCCUCAGGCUGCCCUGGAGAGCUCUGGGCCUUCUCCUGGGCCAGGGGGUUAGUGAGGGACAGCAAGCAUGGACACCAUCCCAUCUCAUUCCUGAAAUCCAAGAGGGAACCACUAAACCUACUCCCAGGGCUCUGAGAAUCCCUUCCCUUGGCAGCAAGGCCCAUUUCCAUCUCAGCAGCAUCACCAAACUUCCAGAUCCCAGACUGCCAUCCAAGCCUAACACAGGAUUCCCAAAAUAACACAGAAAGUGUUGUUGUGUGACUAUUCCAGGUGUGGGCUCUAAUCCUAACACUGCUGGAAUAUUUGGGACUGUGCACGGAUUCUGCUGUGGGGAUAACACCAAUAAAAUAUUGCUCCAAAGAGA